AUCAACAGACUCUCUUCCUUGUUGUUGUUGUUAUGCCAUCAUUGAGGUCCUGUGUGUGGGCGCAGGGAGGGGCCGAGCGUCUCUUUCUAUAGGCUUCUCUGUCUCUGCCAGGAGAGGCUGAGAGGAAGAGAAGAACGAGUGGGCGGGAACUAGGCACAGGCUGGAGUAGAGCAUCCCUGACCGAGGCUCGGCUAACGGCUAGAAAAGCGCCUCCAGACUGAUGCUGAGUCAGGUACAGGUGGAGUCACACCCUGUUUGGCUUGGACCCUCCAGAAAUCAUGGAGGAGCUGGAACAUACCUGUCCACUGCCACGAACGACUCUUAUAGAACCAGCCAUAUUUACCCCCAAGACGAGUUGUGAGUGUCGGGCGCCACAUGAGAAGCUGACUGUAGAGCAAGCUCGACUCGGAACGCCCGUGGAUCGGCCUGUGCGAAUCUAUGCAGAUGGCAUCUUCGAUCUUUUUCAUUCUGGUCACGCUCGCGCCCUGAUGCAGGCUAAGAAUCUGUUCCCUAAUGCCUACCUUAUAGUUGGAGUAUGUAGUGAUGAACUCACUCACAAGUUCAAGGGCUUCACCGUAAUGGCUGAAGAAGAGCGGUACGAGGCGUUGAGACACUGCCGCUACGUUGAUGAGGUUUUGCGUGAUGCACCCUGGACUCUUACCCAGGAAUUUUUAGAAAAACACAAGAUUGACUUUGUGGCACAUGAUGACAUCCCAUACUCCUCUGCUGGAUCUGAGGACGUGUACAAGCAUAUUAAGGAGGCAGGUAUGUUUGUGCCCACUAAAAGGACAGAAGGGAUCUCAACGUCUGACCUGAUCACCCGGAUAGUGAGAGACUAUGACGUGUACGCAAGACGCAACUUGCAGAGGGGCUACACCGCUAAAGAACUGAAUGUCAGUUAUAUUAAUGAAAAAAAGUACCGUUUGCAGAAUCAGGUGGACAAGAUGAAAGAGAAAGUGCGGACAGUAGAGGAGAAGUCCAAGCACUUUGUAUAUAGAGUGGAAGAGAAGAGCCAUGAUCUUAUCCAGAAGUGGGAGGAAAAAUCACGAGAGUUCAUUGGGAACUUCCUGGAGCUCUUUGGUCCAGAUGGGACAUGGCAGAUGUUUCAGGAUCGUAGUGGACGUAUGAUCCAGGCGUUAUCUCCGCGCGGUUCACCCAGCAACAGCCCACCAAGGGAAUUUUCCCCAUCCCGCUCACCGUCACCCCCCUCCCGCUGGGCCAUGCCCAGAACCUCGCCACCCUCAUCCCCGAAGGGUGCUUCAGCUUCCAUCAGCAGCAUGAGCGAGGGUGACGAGGAUGAGAAGUGAGAAGUGGGCCAUCACACACAGAUAAUAGACUGCACUUUACCCAUACAUGUCACAUACAUAACACACACUGGCAGCAAUGACAGGUCAACUACCCUCAUGGGAAAAAUUUAAAGUACUGUACACAGCACAGGGUUGUUUGAAGUCCUGUUUAGCUAUGCUGGUAUUACAGCAAAUAUCUGAAAGCCAUUGCAGCCCUGAACAGAUCCUGAGAGGAGAUUUAGAAAACAGAGGGGGGAUUCACUGAAUAAAUUGUGGCCACUGUGUCUGUGUGUAGUUUUCACACCCAAAUCACUAAAAAUGAAUGCAAAUCACCAGGGAUAUCGGUAUCACAUUGGUUUUUGGAAGACAUAUUAAGGGGUUUUCUAAUUUAUAGGAUAUUUAAUUGUGUGUGUUCAUUUCCCCAAUUUUUACAUUGAAAUGACCUUUGUCAUCAUCUAACGCAAUGUAAAGUUCAUAUUUAAACGAUAAUUUAAUAACUGUUUAAUGUAAUCUUUAGCAAAUCUCAAAAUAAAUGUCCAUUUGUCAUACUGUAUAUUAUAACAUUAGUUCAGUUUUAUUAAUUUAGACAAAACAUAGUUUAGAAAUAUAACAAAAACUAUACAAAAUGAAGUAUAGAUUAGAAUCUUAAUAUCUGCCAUUUAUCAGUUAUCGGCCAUAGCAAGAAAAAAAAAAAUAUUGCUUUUUGUAAGCUUACUUUAAUUAGGUUAAUGACAGAGUAGUGACCAAAAAAAAUGUGGUUAGUGAAAUAGACAGAUUUUUGCACUGAAAUAUUGUGAGCAAAAGUGCCACAACUUUAGUGAAUUCGCCCCAAAUGUUUAAAAGGAUGAGAACUGAUUCUGCCGUCUCUUGCUCAGGUCUGAUUGGAACAUUGGGACUGCCCUACUGUAACAUAUUGUACGUAACCAAUCCCUGUUCCUUGUUUUCAAGAAAAAUGAUGUCUGAUCCACCUCAUAAAUAUGUA